AUGACUAUCACAUACAAGAAAGCAGAGAUAACUCUUCGAGAUGAUCAACCCUCCCAUCAGGAAUUACGGGUACCUGGGGAGGGGACGGCGCAAUCGCAGGUAAAUGAGGACAACAAGCCUACUUCUCCAGGCUUCGAAAGUAACCGGAACGGCGAACAAAAUAUCAACCCAGGCCGUACCACCAUACACACUGUAUCCAAUCUGGUUGUCGAUGGUGGAUCAGUGAUGAACGGGAGAAUUGCAGAGAUUGGGGACAAGUCUAGACAACGGCCGAAGCAGAACAACCGGCGUCCGGUUGUGGUGGAAUCUGGUUCGCUUGACCACAAUGUUUGCACCGUCGGAAGUAUGCGAAAAGGCGCAGAAGAUCCAGCCUCCUUUCGCCAGAUUAACCACGUCAAUAUUAGCCCAGGUGCUAAGUUUGCGAGCCGCGACAUGAGUAUAGGCGAGUUCUUGGAAUACUUCUGCGGGAGAAAGACUUGA